CUGACCGCGUGAACGUCUCUCUGAGCAUGCGCGCUCCUGAGAGGAGGCGUUGCAUGAUCUCACGGGGAUGAGGCGCGGCUGUCAGCAGCAGGCAGCAGGCAGCGGCACGGUAAACUCUCUAGGUGACAGCUGCGGACUUGUACCUGUCACACGGACGCAUACAUGGUUCCAUUCAUACUACAAUGAGGGUCCAAGCAGGUGUUCCAAGCUCUGAGUAGUCUGCAGCCGGAGUUUGUUGCCUUUCUGUCCCAAGCACAGUGGCCUGACAUAGCACAAGAUUUUUGGAUGAUUUGGAAUGUUCCACUGUGGUUGGGCGCCAUUGAUGGAAAGCAUGUGCAAAUCAAAGUACCUCCAAAGUCCAGCGGCUACUUUAACUACAAACUACAAACGGACCUACUCCAUUGCUUGCUAUGUGUAAAGUCUGCAUUGGGGUUCGCACAUACAUUGGUGGAUAUACAGUGGUGUGAAAAAGUGUUUGCCCCCUUCCUGUUUGUUCCCUCCUGUUUGUCAAACUUAAAUGACAAACAGGUUUUUCAAUUGAGUUAGAGUUCUCAUUACUGAUAAUGUCAAACACUGGGCUUAUUCAACACAUCCGCAGCCCUCCUCAACCCCCAACACCGAUACUAGCAUGUUCAAAGUUGGUUAUUUGUGUCAUGCCCAUUGUUCAGAUUGCAAUUGGUGCAGUACAUCUGGAUGACUGUCCGCGCCAGCACUACAUUCCCAUCUAUUUGAUAGUGGUGGGAGUCUUUGGCCUGGUGCUGGCGGUGCUCUCCUGCCUGCCCUGCGCCCAGGAGCCCAAAGACGGCACCUCCAACCCGCUCAGUCGAGUCUGCGCCGCCUGGAACUCAGUGACAUCUUUUUUCCUCUUCUGCUGGUUUAUUGCUGGUAAUGUGUGGAUCUACUCUAUUUACGAGCCGAACUACAACAAGAAUACAACAAACGUGGAUCCCUACUGCAACAAGACACUCUACCUGUUUGCCUUCUGGACCACCACCUUGGUCUACAUCCUCUUGGGUCUGUUCCUGGUGGGCGGCUGCUGUGUCCUCUUCUGCUUCUUCCUUUGUGGCCGAGCCGACGGCGACGACAAUGUUUAGAGACAAACAAACGAAGAAGAGACAGGGUGCAUCUCAUGGGGCUGCACACACUGAGUUUGCUGCUGAGCCUGUUAGUUUUUCUGCUGCACAUGUACCAAAGUUGCACUUUUCUAUUGUACCUUAACCGAUCUGAAAUAUGCUUUAAAAGUUGACCUCUGGUUGACGUUUCUGUUUACACCUUGAGAGAAUUGGAAGAACAUUAGAGUGGACUUUCUUCAUUAAAUGAACCCUUUAUAAUGUUA